AUUUAGUGCGGAUCCGUGGAUUUUUAAGUUUUGCUUCACAUCCGUCGGCCGGUGUACUUCGUUGACGGCUAUGCUGCUCCCACCUGGGUCUCAGAACCCUUGGGGGAAUGCGGCCGCCGCAGGAGCAGGAAACGCCUUUCUCACUACCUCCCGACCUGUGAUAGCGGAUCUCGCUUUGGCCGCUUUGAAAGAACGAGGCGAAGUGCAAAAGAAGCGAUUAUGCCCGCAGUUCCGUACUGAUCGGUCACUAUUUUUCAUGACCAAGAAAAAUCCCAUCAGACGUAUUUGCAUCAGUAUCGUGGAUGCAAAACCAUUUGAUUAUUUUAUUUUGGCAACCAUCCUAUGUAACUGUCUCGCGCUGGCGUUUAAUCAUCCAUACCCGGGAGAAGAUUCAAAUGCCGUCAAUCAGGUUUUGGAAAAAGUGGAACUGGCAUUUGUCAUCAUUUUUACCACCGAAUCGGUGCUUAAAAUAGUCGCCUAUGGAUUUGUGCUUCAUCCAGGUGCUUACUUACGCACCUUCUGGAAUGCAUUGGAUUUUUCAAUUGUUCUGAUAGGUCUGUCGUCAAAGGCUCUGGAAGAGACCAGUGGGGACGUGAAGGCACUCCGGGCAUUUCGAGUCUUGCGACCACUACGUUUGCUUUCGGGUUUACCAAGUCUUCAAGUAGUGCUCAAUUCCAUCAUUACUGCCAUGGUCCCACUACUGCACAUUGCUCUCCUGGUGAUAUUUGUCAUUAUUGUGUACGCUAUUAUUGGACUUGAGCUGUUCCAGUCGAAACUGCAUUACACAUGCUACAAGAACACUACAACCAAACUUGAAAUGAUGCAGAACCCCAGGCCAUGUACAAACGAAACUUCAUAUAUGGGUUUCAAAUGCGACGAACUUGGUCCGAACUACGUUUGCAUGGAUCUGGAAAGUGAUCGCUACACAGGUCCACAAGAUGGGAUCGUGAGCUUCGACAAUUUUUUGCUCUCAAUGUUGACCGUGUUUGUGUGCGUGACGAUGGAAGGAUGGACGAGUACCGGUUACUUUGUCUCCGACGCAGUCGGGUCGUGGUGGCCUUGGAUCUAUUUUGUGACGCUCAUUUUGCUGGGUUCAUUCUUUGUGAUGAAUUUGGUGCUUGGUGUUCUGAGUGGCGAAUUCAGUAAAGAAAAGGAAAAGAUUGAUCGGACUUUAUUGUUUCGGAAAGAACGUCAAGCCAAACGGGAACAGCAAGACUAUCUAGGCUACAAGGAGUGGAUUGAGGUAGCAGAAGAGUUAAGCGAUUCCGAAGGUGAAGACAAAACCAGUGAGGACUUGGAAUCAGGUGCUGGAGCCGAGUUGACCCAAGCUGAACCGGAGGUCCACGUUGAUGAGGUGGUCAAGUCACACUGUCACACAACUCUCAAGCGAUUUCGGAAAUUUCGCAAACGUAUUCGUCGGGCUGUGAUCGCUUUCACCAACAGCAGGCAGUGUUUUGCCCUGAUUAUCAUUCUGGUCUUUCUGAACACUGUGGUGCUCACCACAGAGCACCAUAACCAGCCGAUAUGGUUGGACGCAUUUCAAAAUUUUGCAAAUCAGAUCUUUGUCACUCUAUUCACUCUGGAGAUGCUGGUGAAGAUUGCAGCUUCCGGUUUCACCGAUUAUUUCUCCAAACUUUUCAACCGAUUUGACUUUUUCGUGGUCAUAUUCUCGAUACUCGAAUUACUGCUAGUCCACUUUCAAGUCCUCGAACCGAUGGGCGUAUCGGUGCUCAGAUGUGCACGUUUGCUACGGAUAUUCAAACUGACACAAUACUGGGAGAGCUUACGGAGUCUCGUCGGAAAGCUGCUCAAAUCGGUUCGUUCCGUUGCCAGCCUCCUCCUUCUUUUAUUUAUCUUCAUUUUGAUUUGUUCUUUACUCGGAAUGCAACUGUUUGGUGGACGCUUUAACUUUAUUACGAAAGAAAAACCACGCGCAAACUUCGAUGGAAUCCUUCAAGCUAUGUUGACCGUAUUUCAGAUUUUAACCGGUGAAGAUUGGAAUGAAGUGAUGUACAAUGGGAUGCGGGCCUACUUGGGCACUCCCUGGUAUGGUGUCGUUGUCAUAUACUUCAUCUUCCUCUUCAUCGUUGGAAACUACAUCCUACUUAAUGUCUUCCUGGCUAUUGCUGUGGAUAAUUUGAAUGAUGACGACGAUGAGGAAGAUGAAGGAAACGGCGGUGAAGGGGAGAAAAGCGUCGAGACCGUUGAGGAAGCACAGCCUGAAACAAAAGAAGCCGAGGUGGAUGAAAAAGCUAUUACAAAACCGGAAGUGCACCACAUCGCACAUGAGGAUCAGACAUACGAGGAAAUGUUCCCACCCACUGAUAUAUACGGCACGGAUGAGGACGAUGCUGAUGGGGGUGAUGAGAAUCCAGAAGAACACAGGGAUUUCGCCGCCCAAGGUAGUCGCACGAUGCCACCGUAUUCGGCGUUUUUCAUUUUUUCCGACACAAAUAAAUUCCGCAUAUUCUGUCACAACGUCGUCUGCCUUUCCCAUUUCGGAAACAUUGUAUUGGUUUGUAUUCUGGUGAGCAGUAUUUUACUGGCUGCUGAAGAUCCAUUACACGCCAAUUCCCAGCGAAAUAAAAUACUGAACAUGUUCGACUACUUUUUCACAAGUGUGUUUACUGUGGAAAUUACACUGAAAAUGAUCUCGUACGGAUUCAUUCUUCACGAAGGUGCAUUCUGCCGAAACGCAUUCAAUCUAUUGGAUCUCAUUGUGGUCUGCGUGGCAUUAGUGUCGUUCGUGCUCCAAAAUCAAACAAUAUCCGCUGUGAAAAUUCUUCGGGUCCUACGAGUGCUUCGACCUUUAAGGGCAAUCAAUCGAGCAAAAGGACUUAAGCACGUGGUUCAGUGUAUGGUGAUCGCCAUCAAGAGCAUCGGCAACAUCGUGCUGGUCACAUUCCUGUUGGAGUUCAUGUUUGGUGUGAUUGGGGUUCAAUUAUUCAAGGGAAAAUUUUACAGUUGUACGGAUAUCUCCAAGCACACUGAGGCAGAGUGCAAAGGCCAAUUCAUAGACUAUGAGGACAUGAGUUUAGACAAACCAUUUUUGAAGGAACGUCAAUGGAAUAACAGCGAAUUCAACUUUGACAAUGUCCCCCAGGCCUUGCUGACUCUGUUCACAGUGGCAACUUUCGAAGGUUGGCCAACUUUACUCUCUACCUCAAUCGAUUCCAACGCGGAAGGCUAUGGACCAAUAACAAAUUACCGUCCUACUGUGGCCGUAUUCUACAUAACCUACAUUAUCCUCAUUCCGUUUUUCAUGAUAAACAUUUUCGUCGGUUUUGUCAUCGUCACUUUUCAACGUGAGGGCGAAUCAGAGUACAUUAACUGUGAAUUGGAUAAAAAUCAGAGAAAAUGUAUUGAGUACGCGCUCAAAGCAAGACCCCGUCGACGGUACAUUCCGAAAGGACAUUUCCAGUACAAAAUAUGGUCCCUUGUUGUAUCGAAAAAAUUCGAAAUUUUUAUCUUCAUCUGCAUCUUUAUCAAUACCGUGGCUUUAACACUGAAGUACGAUGGGCAGAAGAAGGAGCUGGGUAGAGUUUUGGACUCGUUCAACUAUUUCUUCACCGCGGUUUUCACCGUUGAGUUCGUACUUCGUUUAUCCGCCUUCAGUUUUCGGCAUUACUUCAGUGACAUUUGGAACGUGGUUGAUUUCAUUCUGGUCCUUGGAAGCUACAUCGACAUAAUCGUGACCCAGUCAGAAUUUAAAUCGACAAAAUUUAGCGUCAAUUUCUUCCGAUUGUUUCGGGUGAUGCGGUUAGUGAAACUUCUGAGCAAAGAAGAGUCAAUCCGACAGCUCUUAUGGACCUUUAUCAAAUCAAUACAGGCACUGCCGUAUGUGGCUUUACUAAUUGCCAUGAUUUUUUUUAUCUACGCUGUGAUCGGGAUGCAACUUUUUGGGCAAAUCUCAAUUGCCGAAAACCCACUAGAAGAGGAAGAUUUACCACCCCUUCACAGAAAUAACAAUUUUCAAAACUUUUUCCAUGCGUUGUUGGUGCUUUUCCGUUGUUCCACGGGAGAAUCCUGGCAAGAAAUCAUGCUGGCUUGUGUUUCUGGUCAACCCUGCGCUUCCGAUUCUGAUGAGAAAGUUCCUAACAGUUGCGGAUCUCGACUGGCCUAUAUUUACUUUAUCAGUUUUUACGCCCUAAGCGCCUUUCUGGUCAUCAAUUUAUUCGUGGCCGUCAUAAUGGACAAUUUCGAUUAUCUAACUCGGGACUGGUCCAUUUUGGGACCGCAUCACCUGGAUGAAUUUGUCACCAAAUGGGCUGAUUACGAUCCAGAGGCCAAGGGACGCGUUCGGCAUCUUGACGUUGUCACGAUGCUUGGGAAGAUCAGUCCACCUCUUGGGUUCGGAAGUAUGUGCCCACAUACCAGAGCAUGUCACAAACUGGUGCGUAUGAAUAUGCCUCUGAAUAGUGAUGGGACGGUGUUCUUCAACGCCACUCUGUUUGCUCUGGUCAGAAGAAAUUUGAAGAUAAAAAUACCGGGAGAUGAUAGAGAAAAAGAAAAGUCACUGGACCAGUUGAACGAGGAACUGCGAGCUGUAAUCAAACGGAUUUGGAAACGAACAAGCCCAAAGCUUCUAGACCAGAUUAUUCCACCGAAAGGCAGUGAUGUGGUCACUGUUGGCAAGUUUUACGCCACGUUCCUCAUCCAAAACUGGUUUCGGGAGUGGCAAAAAAGAAAAAUGAUUCGGCGGGACACAAGAUACAUUCCACAAAUUCUAGCUGGUGACCGUGCAAUGCCUCAUCAACCCACCAUCAUUGGAUUUCCCAGAAAGUGCUCGUCUGACCUAACGGGAGAUGAAAUCCAGCGCCGCAGAGGGGCAGACAAACGCGACACUGCCGGAGGAAUUUUUGGUCGGACGUUGGUUGACUGGACGCGUCGACGCAGUAGCAAGCGACAAUCGAACAGAGAGAACUUAAUUGGCGGCGGGCUAUGGGGCCCCGCAAUGGAUGAACACGGUGUGGCAUUCAACCACAUUAACGGUAGUGCUACAGUGGCAGACAAAGCAGAGUAUGGUAAUCUGAUCACCCCAAAUCUUGCAAAAACAGCACACCCAGCAGUGGUGGCUCUACUAGAAAAAGAAAAGUUAGAGUCUGAAGCUGCCAAGCACACCGGUCAGCUUGGUGUUCCUCAGCCACAAGAUUCUCGCACGCAGACCAGCGGUUUCUUGGAACCUGCAAAGAACGUCUUAGGAUUCCUUCGGAAAGGAAGUUUCCGUUCUUCUUCUGCUAAUCUGAGACCUGAUGAACGAAGAAGCAGUCCAAGUAACAUUGACGAAGACAUGGACAUGGCGCGACGAAUGCUCGCCGCGGCACGACGGGAAUCAAUGUGGCCUGGAAAAGGCUCUGUUCAAUGA